CAGACUCACAAAAUUGGUAAAACAAAACAAAGUAAAUUUCAGAUUGCAACACUAGCCAGUAUCCAGAAUUAUACAGCAAGAACAUGCAAUUCCCACAAAACAUCUUUAAGGUGUUAUCGAAUUUAUCGUACAUGAAGCGAGUGACGAUGCUGGUUUUUCCCACCAAUUGGUCACCCAAGAACACCAACAUAGCUAAAGCUGAAACAGGAGCCAUUUCAAAAUCGAAAACGAAAGCAAAAGGAGGAAUCGGAAGAAGCUGAGAAAAAACCCGAUGGUUAGUGAAUCCGGACAUGCUGCGUCACCAUUCUUCAAUCUUCGUGCGGAUUUUGACAUGUUCAGUUCGCAGUGUGCGUUAUGUCUAUGGCACCAACCAUUCCCAAUGCGAAUGCGACGAGCCUCUGCUCCUACACUACUUAUCCAAUGGCUGCCACCACGAAGCGCGAAACCUCCUUCAAAGUUCCUCCCGAGGUGACCUUCACGCACGCGUGGUUCGCUGGACCAAGCUACUCUCCAACUUCUCCCGCCAUGGUUACGUGGCCGAAGCUCGCGCAUUGUUCGACAUAAUGCCUCACAAAAACCUCGUCACUAGCAAUACCAUGUUGACAGCGUACAUGCGCUCCGGCUUGCUCGACGAGGCUUCCCGGUUCUUCGAGACCAUGCUGGAGAAGAACGUUGUUUCUUGGACUGCCAUGCUAUGUGGGUUUUCAGAUGCGGGGAGGAUCAAAGAUGCGAGGAAGGUGUUCGAUGUAAUGCCUGAGAGGAAUGUUGUUUCGUGGAACGCGAUGGUGGUGGCGUUGCUUAGGAGUGGGAAUUUGGAGGAUGCGAGGAUGGUUUUUGAGAAGACUCCUUUCAAGAAUGUGAUUUCGUGGAAUGCUAUGAUUGCGGGGUAUGCUGAGAGUGGUAGAAUGGACGAGGCUAGAGAAUUGUUUGGGAAGAUGGAGUUUAAGAAUGUGAUUACUUGGACUAGCAUGAUAUCUGGUUAUUGCCGUGAGGGUGAUGUUGAAGGUGCUUAUUGUUUGUUCCGGGCUAUGCCGGAGAAAAACAUUGUUUCUUGGACUGCUAUGAUUGGUGGGUUUGCUUGGAAUGGCUUGUAUGAAGAGGCAUUGCAGCUUUUUAUUGAGAUGGUGAGAGUUUCUGAUGCCCAACCCAACACAGAGACCUUUGUUUCUCUUGUUUAUGCUUGUGGAGGUUUGGGUUUUUGUUGCCUUGGCAAACAGGUACAUGCUCAGCUUAUUGUUAACAGCUGGCAGAUUGAUGAUUAUGACGGUAGGUUGCAUAGAGGUCUUGUUAGGAUGUACUCUGGGCUUGGUAUUAUGGAUUCUGCUCGCAAUGUGUUUGAAAGUAAUUUGAAAGACUCUGAUGAUCAGUGUUUCAAUUCCAUGAUAAAUGGUUAUGUUCGGGCCGGUCAGUUGGCUAGAGCUCAAGAGUUGUUUGACAUGGUACCCACUCGGAACAAGGUUGCAUCGACUUGCAUGAUUGCUGGCUAUCUUAGCGCUGGCCGAGUACUGGAGGCUUGGAAUUUGUUUAAUGACAUGCCUGAUAGGGAUUCCAUUGCGUGGACUGAGAUGAUUUAUGGGUAUGUACAGAAUGAGCUCAUUGCUGAAGCCUUCUGCUUAUUUUCUGACAUGAUGGAUCGUGGUGUUUCUCCUAUGAGUUCUACAUAUGCUAUUCUAUUCGGAGCUAUGGGUUCAGUUGCAUAUCUAGAUCAGGGGCGGCAAUUACAUGGUAUGCAGUUUAAGACUGUGAAUGAAGAUGAUUUGAUUCUUGAGAACUCUCUAAUUGCAAUGUACGCAAAAUGUGGGGAGAUAGAUGAUGCAUAUAGGGUAUUCUCUAACAUGACUUGCCGGGACAAAAUUUCUUGGAACUCCAUGAUCAUGGGUCUUUCAGAUCAUGGCAGGGCCAGUGAAGCUAUAAAAGUGUAUGAAACUAUGAUUGAACUUGGAAUUUACCCAGAUGACCUUACAUUCCUAGGUGUCCUGACAGCAUGUGCUCAUGUGGGUCUUGUUGACAAAGGACGGGAGUUUUUUAUUGCCAUGGUCAAUGCUUUUGCUAUUCAACCUAGGUUGGAGCAUUGUAUCAGUAUUAUCAAUCUUCUGGGUCGAGCAGGAAAGGUGAAGGAUGCAGAGGAGUUUGUUUCGAAGCUUCCUGUUGAACCAAAUCAGGCCGUUUGGGGGGCUCUAAUUGGAGUGUGUGGCUUGAGUAAAAAUGAUACAGAUGUUGCUACGCGUGCAGCCAAACGACUGUUUGAAUUGGAUCCUUUAAAUGCGCCUGGGCAUGUGGCCCUUUGUAACAUAUAUGCCGCAAAUGAUAGGCAUAUCGAGGAGAUGAGAUUAAGAAAAGAAAUGAGGUUGAAGGGUGUGAGGAAGGCACCCGGAUGUAGUUGGAUAUUGGUGAAGGGGACAGUUCAUAUUUUCUUCCCGGACGAUAAAUUGCAUGCAUGUUUUUAAGAGGUAAGAGGUGUUAUUUGCAAUUAUCUAAAUAGGACACUUGGCUUCCUGAUGACUUUGGGCCCAAGCCCAAACUCCAUUCAAGAGUCCAUCACUAGUAGCAUGGUGAAAAAGCUCUAAGAAAGAUUUAAAGAUAUAUCAAAAGAGGGAGAAGUGAAGCAAAUCUUCACUUAGAAGAAGCCGGACUCGCCCAGCGGACCAUGAACCUCACCCACCGAGCUGGCGCCCAGCGAACAUCAACCUGCGCCCAGCACUGACGAAGAACACUGCAUCUACGUUUUGUAGCUUGGUCUCCACGUGUUUGAUUCAUGUAAAACUUGGCUAUACACAUGUAUUUUGAACCGUGAAGGGGUCCUGAUCAUCAGGAGCACCUAAGGCAGCGUGGAGAGGGAUGAAUGCUUCUAUAAAUUCACCUCUCUCCCCCCCUGUACACACUUUGAGUUUUUUGUAAUGAAUAGUUGUUGAGAUGACUCAGCCUCAUUCUACUCUUAGUCACCGGCCAAAGAGAGACCUCAGCCUCCUCUAGCCACCCUUAGUUAGGAACCCUAGCUAAGCACCAAGACACUCCAUCACAUACCAAACACCUUCACCGAGCUUUUCCCUUCAUCUUACUUUGCCUUCUGCUGCAUUCAUCGCAGUUCUGUUUGUUCACGUUUCAUCAUAGCUCUAAUCUAGUCUUGGAGUAGAUCUAUUUUAUUUAGCCACCAAACACCGCUUCACUUCUACUUCUAAGAAUCAUUUCCGCUGCGUCUAUAUACUGGAAGAUGCCUCUGGAGGUCUCGUUAGUUCUGUAUCUGAAAUCACCAGGAGCGUCUUCCAUCAUGUGGUAUCUGAGCCUGGUUGAGCACCACGCGUUUCAGCUAAGUGUUUCCUUUGUCAAGCCGUGUUGUCUAUUUCAUUUUCUGAAUUGUCUUGCUGUUCUGAGUUUUUGUUCUCUGUUUCAUGGAGUUUGUUCGGUUAAUUAGGCUUCCGUAUUCUUGUUGAAGGUUUAUUGUGUUUGAGCAAGUUGUUUUAUCAUUUUAUUCGGUGGAAUCCUGUGUUUGAGUCAUUUUUAGUUCUUGAAUCAAAUUCUGUCAUGUUCUAUUUCAUGUGCAUUGUUAUUCGGUGCAUUGCUUUUCUUGUGAUAUUUCUGAAGUUUAAGUGAAUCAGUCUUAAUUUCAGUUCAAUCAUUAAUACUGCACUGAUUAAGUUCUGUUCACCACAUAUAAGCUGUGACAUUUGGUUAAAUGAGCUUGGUGGCAGAUUUCAGUGGUAGAGAUAAUGAAUUUCAUGUUUCAUGAAUCUGUUUUUAAUUUUAUUUCAUUGAAGUCUAGAACAUUUGAAUUUGAAUCCUGCCUAGUAACUAGCAAGUGCAUACCAAGUGAGCAAUGAAAGGCUCAGCCUAACUCGGUUGCACAUUGUUAAUCAGCAGAAUUGCCUUUUUGGCCAAUUACACCUAGCUGGGAAUUCUUUGAAGUCAGGUUGAGUCUUACUCCAUGCUUAGCACUAGAUCAUAAGCGUAAUCAAUUUCUAGAGUCAUUCGUGAGCUGUUUUCGUGAUUCAAAUUCAAAUCUGCAGAAUUGGUUGCAAAGUGAAUUCUAUUUCUGCACUUUCGCUGUCAUUAAGUUUGAUUUUCAGAAUCUGUAUUUGUGAACGAGAUUCUGUCAUACCAGUGAGCCUAGCAAAGCCAAUUUUCGAAUAUUAAGGCGCUAUUAUGGUCAGAUAUACUUUAUUGGUGCUAGAAUCAAAAGUGACUUGCAAAACCAAUUUAUGCGUGCAAUUAUUUUAUUUCCAGUUGAACCAUUAGGUGCUAUGAUUUUUAUUUCCAGUUGAACCAUUAGGUGCUGAUGAUCUGCGUUGUUUCUUCUUCUAAGGUGAACUGUAGUAAAAGCUAUAGUCAUUGUAAUGUUAUCAUUUAAGUUGUUAAAAUUGACGUGGCAAAGUUUAAAAGCAAAACAGACUUGUGCAGUUCACCGUACUGACGUCUGAAUCCAAAAUUGAAAAUCUGCAGAAUCACAUAGUUCAUUGAGGCAUUUUAUCAAACAGUUUGGUCUUUCUAUUUAUAAGUCAAUUCUGUCCAGUAUUGGUUCAACUUAACUUGUUUUCUUGCUUUUUUUAAUCUGUUCUAGAGCUGAUCAUAGGUUCUAUUUGAGUGCCAUCUUGUUUGUAAACCCUUUUUCGUUGCUUGUCUUAUUGAAAUUCUUGUUUUGUCAAAUAGUGAAAUCUGUUUCAGCUUCAAAUUUUCUUAUCGGUGCACUGUUCCAUUGGUCAUUUUUAGCUUG